GAGCUGGAAUUCAUCCACAAGAGUUGCAGCACUGUGGGCUAUAGACCAAAUGUUUUCUCAACUACUCUCUCCCAUCUAAUUGCCACCAAUUCGUCUCACUUGAUCAUGCCUUUCAUACCUAUUCGAGGUAUUUUUUUCAUUAGAUAUCGUUGAUCCUCCCAUUACCCCCCCUUUUUUUAAGUUCUCGAUUGUCCUUCCCCUCCCUCUCUUUCUGGGUUCUUACUAUUGUAUAUGGAGCUCUCCAUUAUGGUGACUGCUGUUUCGUUUUUCUCCUGCACUUGAGAAAUUCGUGAAGAUAAACUAUAUAUAUAUAUAUAUAUAUAUAUGUAGCAGCUUGUAGCCAAGAGCUGGUGAUAAAAUAUGCUUGCUUUUAUUAAUUAGCCGUCUAUUGAAGAUGAUAAAUUUGAUUUUCACCUAUGAUGCUAUUUGACUGUGCUAAUAAGUAGAAUCUUUACUUAGCCAAGGGUGAUAAGUAUGUAGAUAUGAACAAACAACUUCCCAGUUUCUAUGUCUGUUUAUAUUUGACAGCCUGGCAUCUGACUGUUACAAGCCAAACAAUAAAAUAUGAUACAUUUUUCUUUUUGCUUUUGUAAUCCAUCGCUGUUCGUAGCAUAGCUAUGUUUCUUAGCCAUUAAAAGCAGAAGUAUAGAUUAAAACUCCAAAAGAUUUCACAAUCCAGAAUUUAGUUGUUGUCCUUGUAAUUUUUUGCAAGAAAUGUAUGUUUCCUGAUUGUUCUGAGUCUAUAUAAUGCUUUUUUAGUCUGAUUUAUUUAUUCAUUUGAAUUUUAUGACAGAAAGGUUGAAAGAUAAGUUAGAGGAGUUUUUUGGAUGCGAAUAUGAACUCUUUAUUGAAUUCACAGGUUUAAUCAGCUGGACCAAAGGAUCAAGUAUUGGUUGGCAUAGUGAUGAUAACAGGCCCUACCUCAAACAACGUGACUAUGCAGCAGUAUGCUAUUUAAAUAGUUAUGGGACAGAUUUCAGUGGUGGACUCUUUCAUUUCCAGGAUGGCCAACCAACAUCAAUUAUGCCCAUGGCUGGAGAUGUUGCCAUGUACACAGCUGAUCAUCGCAACAUUCAUUCUGUUGAUGAGAUCAUUGAUGGAGAAAGGCUCACGCUCACUUUAUGGUUCAGUCGUGAUGGUUCUCAUGAUGAGGAUGCAAAGCUUAUUUCUCUUCUUUCACAGGACCUAUAACAUGACAAAAUGGGUGAUUCCAGCCUACCCUUGCCCGCAUCCAGUAAUAUGUACUGGUUUUCAGUCGAACAAGCUUCCAAUAAACAGUUGGGUUUCAAUAUAUGUUGGGCACGACUGCAAGUUCUUGGAUAUGACAUAUGCCUUUCACAAGAUGUUGACUGUGAUUCUGAUGUCUCAGAAUUAUUGAUCAAGCCAGUACGAUUAGUGAGGGGAAGUGAGAUGUUAGAGCGGGAAUUUGUCAAUAUCUUGCACGUGCUUCAGGUUGUACAUUUCUAUCGUUGGAAAGCAUCCACCUCGCAAACUAGAGAAGUAACUAUAGACAAGAAGAUAACUAAGCUGUCAGAAAUGCAAAAGCAGAAAAUCAAUGGCCUUAACUCUCUAGUUCUAAUCGAUCCUGAAUUGGUUGCAAGGGUUUUCUGUCGCAUUCCUUCCAAAGAGAGUGUAUGCAUUCACUUCGACUGGAAAGAAAUUGUGGCUGCAGUUAACGAAUGGGAGGAUUAUACCUCGACCUUAAUCAAACAAAUUCAUUUUGACUUGCCUUUCUGGAGAACUCACCAAUCCAUGUAUAACGUGCAAGUGGGUGAAUAGCGUUCAUGAUUUUGUUUUAAUGAAUGAUGUUAGAUGUAGAAUGCUAAUGCUAACUAUCUGAACUGGAUGCGUAA